UUUGGCCCCAACGACUUUCCAUACAUACUAGUUGGCCGACAAAAACACGUCGUCUGUGAAACUGUGACCUAGGCGCAGAUUCAGGUUAGGUUCAACCAAAGAUGGUUAAGGGAAAGAAUGAUAAUCUCAACAAUCAGACCCCCGCCUUAUCCUAGCCGUACGUUAAGUGCCAUGAGCAUGCGUAGUUAGCUACGUAAGUCCACCGUGCCUCCCUGAGCUGUUCAAUGGAAAAGCCAGAGAAAAACUCAAUUCCAAGACACUGCGCAUGUGCGACGGUGAACAACUACGAAGCUUUUUAUCUGCGUUGACGCCAUAUUUCGACCAAAUAAACCUUCUGUUUCGUACUUAAAGAUCUAGGCUAUCCAACGACUUGUGCGAACCCAAUACGGACUCUAAAACGAAUCAACGAAUCAACAGUUCAGCGCAAGACUCAUUGUAGAAACAGCGCUGACGUUUGCAUAAGCAGAUUUCAGCGUGGAACAAUUUAGCCUCUGGGUGGGAGCUCUCUGCGUCAACCGCAGAGCGUGUGUUGUGAACGCAGCUAAAUUUAAAAAAAAAAAACAAAGAUGACUGCUGUAGCAAUGUCUGUUUCGUCGGAUUGUCGAACAGCUUAUGAAAACUGCGCCACUGCAGAUCCAAUGGCUGUAGACGCUGAAUUGUCAAGACACUCCUCAGCGGACCAGGCAGAUUUGGAGUCUGGAACUCGGGCAGCCUGUUCGUCGAAUGGUAGUGGCGGGGAGGAUGAAGAGUCGGAGGCCGAUAGGGAGGGAGGAGCCGGGGGCUCGAGUACACAGCGAGCUUUGGAGGGAACGGGGCUUGCCGGUGGGAGGGAGCAGGAGGUCUCGGUUGAAAUAGGCGAGACGUAUCUCUGUCAGCGAGCCGACAAAACUUGGCAUUCUGCGGAAGUUAUCCAGUCCAGACUGAAUGAACAGGAGGGACGAGAGGAGUUCUACAUCCACUAUGUGGGCUUUAACCGACGACUGGAUGAAUGGGUGGGCAAAGCACGCCUGGCUCUGACCAAGACAGUGAAAGAUGCUGUGAGGAAGAGUGUGGAGGGAGGCGGGGGAGGAGAGUUGGGAGAGCAGCCUGAAAGGAAAAUCACCCGAAACCAGAAGCGUAAACACGAUGAGAUCAACCACGUCCAGAAGACAUAUGCAGAGAUGGACCCAACCACAGCUGCUCUUGAAAAGGAGCAUGAGGCGAUUACCAAAGUUAAAUAUGUGGAUAAAAUCCAGAUAGGCAAUUUUGAGAUUGACGCCUGGUACUUCUCACCAUUUCCUGAGGACUAUGGCAAACAGCCCAAGCUGUGGAUUUGCGAGUACUGCCUCAAAUACAUGAAGUAUGAGAAAACUUUCAGGUACCACCUGUCUCAGUGUCAAUGGAGACAGCCUCCAGGAAAGGAGAUCUACAGAAAGUGCAACAUCUCAGUGUAUGAAGUGGAUGGCCGAGACCACAAGAUCUACUGUCAGAACCUGUGUUUACUUGCAAAACUCUUUCUGGAUCACAAGACCUUGUACUUCGACGUGGAACCUUUUGUCUUCUAUAUCCUGACUGAAGUUGAUAGACAAGGGGCACACAUCGUGGGAUAUUUCUCUAAAGAGAAAGAGUCUCCAGAUGGCAACAAUGUUGCCUGUAUCCUCACCCUCCCACCAUACCAGCGGAGAGGAUAUGGCAAAUUCCUCAUUGCUUUCAGUUAUGAGUUGUCAAAGCUGGAGAGCACAGUCGGGUCUCCAGAGAAGCCUCUCUCAGACCUUGGGAAGCUGAGCUACCGCAGUUACUGGUCAUGGGUACUGCUGGAGAUUCUGCGGGACUUUCGGGGUACACUCUCCAUCAAAGACCUCAGUCAGAUGACCAGUAUCACCCAAAGUGACAUCAUCAGCACUCUACAGUCCCUGAAUAUGGUGAAGUACUGGAAGGGACAACAUGUCAUCUGUGUGACACCCAAACUGGUGGAGGAACACCUCAAAAGUGCCCAGUACAAGAAACCACCAAUCACAGUGGACACAGUGUGCCUGAAGUGGGCACCACCCAAACAUAAACAGCCCAAGUUCUCCAAGAAAUGAAGGGACAGGAGGAGGGGAGAAGUGGGAGAGAUGAACAGAAGCAAUGCUGACUUUCCAUUUCUCAUGCUUUCCGUUGUGGUUAAAUUCAAUGUUUAAAAAUGUUUGUGAAUUUCUAUUGGUUCGUGUUUGUAAAUAAAGGUGUAUAGGAAUGUUCAAAA